AUGCGGUGGGGCGGCGCGCUGCUCCUGGUGGCCGUCCUCGCCGUGGCCGCCGUGGCAAAGGAAAGUGCUGAUGAUACACUACCAGUCGAAACAAAUGGUGAUGGCUCUAAUGCACAGUCAGGUGUUGAGAAUUCGGAACACCAUGAUGAGACAAAUCCUAAUGAAGAGCAUGUGACCCAUGAGAAUGGAGGGGUCAAGAAUGAUACAAGUGAGAGCAAUAAGAAGGAUAAUUCAACAGAAGAAACCAACAUCAGAAGAGAUGGCUCAGUACUGCAGCCAAAGGACAAAGAUAGCAGCACAAUAAAAUCUUCACAAGCAAAAGAUUUCCUGAAAGAUCCUCUUAUCAUGGAGUGUGAUCCAUCACAUAGAUGUAUCAUUGAAAAUAGGAAAUUUAUCGCCUGCUUAAAAGUUCCUGGAGAAGAUUCGCUAGCUCUAUCACUUCUGAUGGACAACAAAGGCAUGGACCCACUUGAUGUUAGUAUCAGAGCUCCAGAUUAUGUGACCUUAGCUGAAGAUACUGUCCAUGUUGAAGCAAAUGAUCAUCAUGAGACACAGGUGAGCGUCUCCAUCAGUGACGCUGCAAACAACACUGCAAUAGUCCUCAAAGUUGCUGGAGAAUCCUGUGCUAUUAACAUUCACAGUGCAGUUGCAAGGGAAGCUGUCAGAGUCAUAAGAAUGCCGCUUACCUCAACAUACACGCUGUUGCCUGUCGUUCUUCUCUUUGCUGUGGUGGGAGCGUGUGUCAAGCUUUGGAGGAUGUGCAAGCAAAAUGGUGGCCCUGCAUACCAGAAGCUCGACAUAGCAGAGCUACCGGUUUCAAUUGGAGGCAAGAAAGAACCCAAUCAAUCUGAUAAGUGGGACGACAACUGGGGAGAUGACUGGGAUGAUGAGGAAGCGCCGAUGACACCAUCCAAACCUAUCCCCAACCCGUCGUCUAAAGGUCUUGCUCCAAGGAGAUCUACAAAAGAUGGCUGGAAAGAUUAGUUAACAAAAAGAUGCCAGUUGAAGGAGCAUUGUGGAAAUAGUUCCAAUGCUUAUACCAUAUUUUUGUCUUCCUUUUUAAGGAAAACCUUGUUCUGUUUUCCUUCUGAUUAGAUAUAUGGAGGGUACUAUAUCAGAGAGACAGAAACUGGAAUACAUUGAUACCACGCAGAAAAUUUUGUAAAAGCUCUUGUGCCGAUUUAAGUUACUGGUGAAUAUAGUUUUUCUCAGGUGCA